AUGUUGCACCUUCCCUCAAUGUUAACCUAUGGAUUUUUAUCUUUUUCCAUGGCAUUUCUUAAUAAAGCCCUUUUUGAAAUAGCUGAUUUUCGCAAUAGUUUAUUUGUUAUAUUUAUUCAGCUUUUAUUCGUACUAUUAUCAUUUCAAAUACUUGGCUAUAUUCGUCUUAUGUCAAUACCACUGAUAACACGAAAUGAUAUAUAUGUAUUUCUUGUUCCGUCCAUUCUCUAUAGUUUGAGUACUGUAUUAUCUUUACAAGCACUUAUGAAACUUAAUGUUGCUAUUUACGUUGUGAUUAAGCGUUGUACACCAGCAUUAACAUUUAUUUUAUCCACACUUGUAUUAAAAAAACAAAAACUUAGUCUUAAACUUGGUUUAUGUGUAUUUGCCAUUACAUUUGGUGCUGUAAUAACAUCAGCUGGUGAUUUAACAUUUCAUGGAGAAUCAUAUCUCAUUGGAGGUCUUAGUGUUAUAUUUCAAUCACUUUAUCUUCUAACAAUUCAACGAUGUAGUGAACAAAAAACAUCUUCGGAUGUACUUUAUAUUAAUAGUCUUUUAUCAUUACCAAUGGUAUUAGUUCUCAUGCUUGUAUUAACUGAUGAAGUAUCAAGUGUUCGAUCUUAUAAUGGUUAUAAUACAUUUUCGUUUUGGUUAUAUUUUAUGGCAUCAACAUUUGGUGGAGGUUUACUCAAUGGUGCAACAUUUUGGUGUACAAUGAAAAAUUCAGCUUUGACAACAAGUGUUGUUGGUGUACUUAAAAGUAUCUUACAAGUUUUCUUUGGUUUGUUUGUAUUCGAUCGAUUUUCAAUAAAUAUUAAUACAGUUGUUGGUAUUGGAUUAUCAUUAGUUUCUGGUACAAUAUUUAGUUAUUUGGAAUAUACAUCAAAACAAGCAAAAUCAGCAACAAGUAUGAACAGUAUUGAUUAUGAACAACAGACUCACCAGCUCCUAAAUUCAUCACUUGAUACACAAGAUAUAACAACAAAUACAGAAAAAAUAUUCGGCCAUGCCACAAAUGAAGCCCGUUUCACUUCUGUUUAUUGCGUAAAACCACCAUGUUCACGUGAAGGCAGCCGAGUUGUUCGCGAUUAUUUUACACGAGCACUUGCACCAAUUUAUGAAAAAAAUCAACUAGCUAUUCCAUUGGAAUGUGUGUUUUCGCCAAUGCGUGAUAUUUUUUAUCGACAUGAGUUACAUAAACAUAAAAUAUCGAAUGAUAAAUGGUUAUGUAAAUAUUGUAAUAAAACAUUUUUGUCCGAAUUUUAUCUUGAUAUGCAUUUUGUUAAUCGACAUAAUGAAACAUUAUUAAUAAAUGAACAAUCAACAUGUCUAUCGGAUUAUUGUUCUAUUUUUCGAUGUGAAGUUUUAAAACGACCAAAAAGAUCUUUAAGAUCUUUAAAUCCAUUAAGACGAACAUCUGGAAAGACAUCAAGAAAACCGAAACGAGUUAUUAAUGAACAACAACUUAAUGUUCUACGAACACAUUGUUCUUCUCUUCUUAAUCAAUGUAUUCCACAAAGUGUUAAUCAUGAUACACGAGUUAAAGUACAACAUCAAAUGUAUGCGGAAGUUUGUGCUUAUUUAACAACGAAUAGAUAUUCUGAAUUACCAACAUAUCGCAAACCACUAGUCAAUUUUACAACUAUUUUUUGUUUGGUAAUCUUUAUUGGUAUGUGUCUUGUUGGCAUCGGUGUAGUAACACAUUCUGACUGGAAAUUGGAUGAAAGUGAUGAGUAUCAAGCUGAAAAAUAUCUUUCUCCUGAUACAAUAUCUACAGCAACGGCUUUAUUAUCAACAACACCUGCGAAUGGAAUGAUUAAUUCAUCGAAGAAUACAGGAGCAUCUAUACGUCAACGAGUUCGAUUUAAACCACCCGAAGGUGAAUGUCAAAAUUUACAUUCACAUUCACAUCAUGAACAUACGUGA